AUGGAAGAUAAGGUGCAACAGAGCGCCUGUACCCAGAGUGGUACUUCCGUUGUUGAUUCUCCCAGAUCCCUUAGUAAAGCAGUGAUUAUAACAAAUCAAAACUUGAUGAACGGUACAAUACCUCCUGGAAACAGAGAGUGCAACAAAGAAAUACCCCCAAAACAUAUAUUAAGGUAUCCCCACAUGUUAGACAUCAUUUUAAAGGGCAGAUCCGAGCACCCAUUCAGGAAAAAUAGAGCAAGGAUCCAUGAAGAAUGGUCCAAAUGCCACACAGUUAAAGUUUCAGAUGACCGCUACAACAACCUUGGCCGAAAAGUGUUCUACGUGGCUCGAAAUAUCGAAAUAUCUCUUUGGAAAUUUGGAGCUCCCUGGCAGCUUCAGGGAACAAUUGCUAAGUCCUUGGGAUAG